AUGAAUUCAAAUAAUGAUGAAACAAAGUUUGAUGAUGCCAAAACAGUGUCUCUAAUUGUUAUUGGUUGUGGAAGCAGAGGUUAUGUCUACACUUUGUAUGCUUUAGAAAAACCUAAAAGAUUAAAAGUAGCUGCUGUAUGUGAUCCUAUCAAAUUUAGAAGAGAUAAAUUAGGUAAUUCAUUUUCAUUGCCAAAUAAUCUCAGAUUUGAAGAUUGGAAAGAUAUUGUUAAAUUAGAUAAAUUUGCAGAUGCUGUUUUGAUUGCAACACCUGACCAAUUACAUGCAGAGCCUGCUAUUGCAUUUGCAAAUAAAGGAUACCAUAUCUUGGUAGAGAAACCAAUGGCUGUCAGUCAAGACGACUGCAAUCGUAUGGUAAAAGCAGCCAAGGAUAACAAUGUUAUUUUUGCAGUGUGUCAUGUAUUGAGAUAUACUCCUUACAAUCUGAAGAUCAAGUCAUUGAUUGACGAGGGUUAUGUCGGUAAGGUUUUGAACAUUCAACAUCUAGAGCCCGUCGGUUUCUAUCAUAAUGCACACUCCUACGUCAGAGGUAACUGGAAGCGUGACGAUACCUCCACCUUUAUGCUAAUGGCAAAGUCUUGUCAUGACAUUGAUCUAAUUCAUUUCUUUAUGAAUUCAAAGUGCAAAAAAGUAUCAUCGUUUGGAUCAUUAACACAUUUCAAUAAGGAAGGUAAACCAAAGGAAGCCGGUAAUGCCAAGAGAUGUUUGGAUUGUUCAAUCAAUAACAAGUGUCCAUACAGUGCAAAGACCAUCUAUUUGACUCUCUACCCUUACAAGAGGGAGUGCUUGGUACCUUCGAAAGAACCGACCAUCGAGAAUGUCAGGGAAUCAUUGGAGACUGGACAAUAUGGUGUUUGUGUCUACGAGAGCGAUAACAAUGUUGUAGAUCAACAAGUUGUAAACAUGGAGUUUGAAGGUGGAAAGACUUGUUCCUUCUCGAUGGUUGCCUUCACCGAAGAGAUCUGUGAGAGAAAAACAAGAAUUCACGGUAGUCAUGGUCAACUGAUAUGCGAUGGUCACACAAUCAUUUGGGAUGACUUUAAGAUGGGUGAUAAAGAGAUAUUCAAACCAGAAAUUGUAACAAAUACAAAGAUGACAGGUCAUAAUUGUGCAGAUUACUAUUUAAUGAGAUCAUUUGUAUAUGCAGUUGCCAAGAAUGACCCAACUCAAAUUCUAUCCGGUCCAGAUGAUACUCUUCUCUCCCACACUCUUGUAUUCAAAGCAGAACAAUCUAGAGUUGAGAACAGAGUAGUUAUUAUUGAUUAA